AUGACUUCUUCGGCGACUAUCAGAUCUGAAAUCUACGACAGAGAAGAACGGAAACAGCAAUACCAAGCGCAUAUUCGUGGACUGAAUGCUUACGAACGGCAUAAGAAGUUUUUGAAAGACUACGUUCGUUUCUAUGGGAAGGACAAGCCGGUGGAAGUCAAGUUACCGGUUAAAACCGAUCAAGACACACUCAGAGAAGGAUACCGGUUUAUACGUUCUGAGGAAGAUGAUUCGAACCCUUCUUGGGAGCAAAGACUGGUGAAGCGAUAUUAUGAUAAGCUUUUUAAAGAAUACUGUAUAGCUGACAUGUCAAGAUACAAGACUGGUAAGAUGGGUUUAAGAUGGAGAACGGAAAAGGAAGUAAUGUCAGGGAAAGGGCAGUUUUUGUGUGGGAGCAAACAGUGUGAUGAAAAGGAAGGGUUAGCAAGCUAUGAGGUAAAUUUUUCUUACUAUGAAGCGGGAGAACAGAAACAAGCCCUUGUGAAACUCGUAGUUUGUGAGAGAUGUGCGGAUAAGCUUUACUACAAAAAAAGAAAGGAGAGUGAAAGAUCAGAGAGUAAAGAGAAGAAAAAGCAGAAACGAAAACGGAAUCGAUCAUCCAGUGAAGAUGACACAGACGAAGAUGAGAAGAGAAAAGUGAAAAAGGGUAAGUCCAAGUUGGAGGGUAGUGAUAAAGAAGGCAGCAAGGAUGAUGAAAACUUCGACGAAUUCAUGGAGGGAAUGUUUCCGGAUAAGGGUGAUAAUCAGGGUUUUAAAAGUUGA